AUGGAUUUACAAGAUAUUUCAUAUGAAGAACAAAAUGAAUCAAAUAAUCUGAUAAAUAUUACCUCUCCUAAUGCACCAAUUGAAUCAGGGAAACUGAAAGAAUGGAGAGACCUGCAAAGAACAUUAAAAGCAGUUGUUCAUCCUCUAUUAAACAUAUCUAUUUCAUGGAUUUCAGGAACAAAUAUAUAUAAAGACUCAAGAAUAUUGAAAAAAAAAAAGUCUACAUUUUCUCCAGAAGAAUCAAUUUUAUAUACCCUUCAUACACCAAUAUUCUUUUUGAAUCCAUGUCAAAUCAAACUUGCAAAUAAAUCAAAAAGUUACUUUGAAGAAUUACAAGCACUUUAUGAAAAUUUAAAAUUAAAAUUUUUUGACCCAAAAGAAAUACCAUUAACACCUGGUCAAUCACUCGUUCCAUCUUUUCUUAAUAGAAUAUGCAAAUCAUAUAGAAUUUUAACUGAAGAAGCUAUUAAUGAAUAUAAAAAUGACGACGAUGUUGAUCAGGAUGUAUUAAUAACACUAAUUGAUAGUUAUACAUUAUUGCAUUGUGUAGAAAUGUUAUAUUUAAAAGAAGAUGAUAAAAGUUAUUCUGAAACAAUCAUGGAGUGGGUGAACCGUUCAGAUCCACAACCAUUACAAGAAGACGGUUUAGCAAUCAUGGCAUCAAGAGUUCCAUGUCUUCAUCCUGGAUUCUGGUCAUAUGUACAUAAAGCUGCGUUAAGAGGGCUUUUUAAACAAGUAAUUUCAUGUUUACAACAAAGUGGCAUCGAAUCAAUAGAGCCUAGGGUUUCAGAAGUUAUUGAUAUAACAAUUGAUAUAUUAGAGACAUUUCCAAGUCACAAAGUUCCAUUUAAAAAUGAAGAUAUUUUAAAAUGGAGACAUUGGAGAGGAAAAGUAAUAAGUUCUAUUAGAACAUUGAGACUAAAUAGCCUUGAAAUUUCUUCCGCUUUUAGAUACCUUUUUGAAAUUAUUUCUGGAGAUAGAGAUGCUAUAUUUCGGGAAUCAGAUACAUGGCAAGAAUGUCUAGGUGCUUUGAUUUUAUUAAACGAUCCUUUGAAUUGCAGAACAAUAAAAGAUAUACACAAAAUUUACAAUUCAGUUAUCAAUGGGGAAGAUUCAUUUACAGUUGAUGAAACAUUACCAAUCGAAAGCGCAUGUGCUGCUUUAUUUUCUGGUAAUAUUCCAAAGGCAAUGAUUCAAGCAGUUCAAAUACAAAAUGGACUUGCAGCUCAUGUAGCAGAUUUAUUAUUAAAAUCAGGAAUUCUAGAAGAAUUUCAAACUAAUGAAUAUCCUUUAAGCUUACGAGACUAUUUGGUACUGAGCUAUGCAGAUCAAUUAAUAACAAAUCCUGGUACAUGGGAAAUUGCCUUAGCCUAUUGGAAAACAGUACAAGAAAUAGGCAUUGAAAGAAUUAAAGCUGUUUUAACCCGAAUACCUCUAAUAUCUGAUGAACGGACUGAAGAAGUUCUAACUUUAUGCGAUCAAUUUUCUCUUAAUGAAGAAGCAUGCAUCAUUGCAUCAAUAUGGGCAAAAGAGCUUGAACGAAAGAAACAAUUGGGUUCUGCAGUCCUACUUUAUGAUAGAGUAAAUAAUGUUCAUCAAAUAGACCAAAUUAAUUGGUUUUUGUUUGAAACUUCUUUAAUACAGGGUUAUCCUGCUGACGUUGAUAAAUUAAUGGAAAACUUUCUAACAUCACCAUAUUCAUCCUCAUCUCGCAACAUUGCAUCACUUUUGGCUCCAUAUGCAACCUUGAAUAUCUUUUACCAACUAAAAAUCAAAGGAAAGCGCUGUGCUGCAGCACACUACUUAGCAAGUUUAAUCAAAGCAGUAGAUAUUCCAAAAAAAUAUAUGUUAUUAUUAUUAGCAGAAAUGUUAUCUUUUUUAGACGAUUCGUUACCAAGAGCAUUCACCAUGAGAGAUAUUUUUGACUGUACAGCUGCUAUAGAAGAGUUUCAAUCCUUAGCAUUCAAAGAUGAUUAUAUACAAUUAUUCGAAAAAGCAAGAUAUGCAGAAUCACAUAUAGAAAAAUCAGAAACAUUGAAAAUAUCUGAAAAUUGGAGAACAAAGAUAAAAAAAGAAAUGAAUGAAAAAAAUGUAUUAGAAUUAGUAAGACUACAAAUAACUAAAACAAUUGCUAAAGGUUUUCUACAACCCGAUCCUUGA